UUUCUAGCGACGGCGCAGCGUAAUCAUGGCGACGGUCUCUUCGCCGCGGGUGGAUGAACUUGUGCAAACUGUCAGCCUGCAUAAUCCGCGUAGACUGUUAUUUAACGGCUACAUUUUACCCUUUCUGAUUCUUCAGAUCGUGUGGAUUUACUGUUGGGUUUAUAUUUAUGGGCUCGAGGAGUAUUACGAUGCUGGCCUCCUUGGCAUCGCGGCUAUCGGCAUAUUACAGAUAUUCACAUGUCUCUGUUGCCAGUGGUCCGUCCACGUGCAUACCUUUCUUAAUUGUAGUUCGUGCAAGAGCCCGUAUGAAGCUAAAAUGGUGAAAGUUGUGCCCACUCCAAACAAUGGCAGUUCGGAGUUAGUGAAUUUACAUCAUGUGAAGAAUCAAGAACCUUGGUUUAUCUUUCAAAAGACAAAAUAUGUGUGGGAUUCUGAGAAGAAGCAAUUUCAGGGCCUCCAGUUUCCUGUUCACCUUACACAUCACCAUUACUGCGAAUGGAAAGGAUAUCUCAGUGAAAAUGAAGUCAGCGCUGCUGAAGAGAAAUAUGGAAAGAAUACGUUGGAUAUGGUGGUCCCUGAAUUUUGGGAAUUAUUCAAAGAGCGUGCUAUAGCACCAUUUUUUGUUUUCCAAGUAUUCUGUGUUGCUCUAUGGUGUCUAGAUAAGUAUUGGUACUACAGUAUCUUUACUCUUAUCAUGCUGAUCAUGUUUGAGUGCACCCUUGUACAACAACAAUUGAGGAAUAUGGCAGAAAUAAGAAAAAUGGGCAAUAAACCUUAUAUGAUAAUGGUAUACAGAAACAGACGAUGGCGACACACGUUUACAGAUCAGCUCGUUCCUGGAGAUAUAGUUUCUAUUACAAGGUCUCAGAAUGAUAAUCUAGUACCUUGCGAUAUGCUACUAUUGAGAGGUCCAUGUAUCGUAGAUGAGAGCAUGUUAACAGGUGAGUCUGUUCCACAAAUGAAGGAGCCCUUAGAAGAUAUAGACUGGAGAAAAGAAGACAAAGAAUUGGACAUUGAAGGAGAUGACAAAUUAUGUAUUCUAUUUGGAGGAACCAAAGUUGUACAGCAUACACCACCCAGUAAAAACUCAUCAGGACUCCGAGCAACUGACAAUGGAUGUGUCGCUUACGUUUUACGUACUGGUUUUUCAACCUCACAAGGCAAACUCCUCAGAACCAUUUUGUUUGGCGUAAAACGCGUCACUGCUAAUAAUUUAGAAACAUUUGGAUUCAUUUUGUUUCUGUUAAUAUUUGCUGUAGCUGCUGCUGCUUAUGUAUGGAUAAAAGGAAGUGAAGAUCCAACGAGAAAUAAGUAUAAGCUCUUCCUGGAAUGUACACUGAUUUUAACAUCAGUAGUUCCACCUGAAUUGCCUAUUGAAUUGUCGUUAGCAGUAAACACAUCUCUGGUGGCAUUAUCAAAAUUAGGUGUAUUUUGCACGGAGCCGUUUAGAAUUCCUUUUGCCGGUAAAAUCGAAAUUUGCUGUUUCGACAAGACAGGAACAUUGACCAGCGAUAACCUGGUAGUGGAAGGAAUAGCUGGAGUUAAUAAUAGUUCGGAAGUGAUACAACUCUCCGAAGCACCAAUAGAGAGUGUGCAGGUUUUGGCAACCUGUCACUCGCUAGUUCAAUUAGAUGAUGGAAUUGUAGGUGAUCCCUUAGAAAAAGCUACUUUAAAAGCAGUCAAUUGGAAUCUCACUAAAAGCGAUGCUGUCAUUCCAAAUCGUGCCAAAUCACCAGGAUUCAAGAUCUUCCAGCGCUAUCAUUUUUCGUCGACCUUGAAGAGAAUGAGUGUCAUAGCUGGAUAUACACUUCCUGGUUCCUCGGAUGUUCAAUAUGUAGUUACUGUUAAAGGUGCUCCAGAGACUUUGAAAUCUAUGUUUGCUUCAGUACCAGAUAAUUAUGACUCGACUUAUCUGUCUUUGUCCCGUCGUGGAGCCAGAGUUUUAGCCCUAGGACAUCGUAAACUACCCGGUCAGCUCUCUACCCAGGAACUAAGAGAACAGACUCGCGAUCAGUUAGAGAAGAAUUUGACGUUCGCUGGUUUCGUCAUUAUAAGCUGUCCUUUGAAAUCUGAUUCGAAAGCUGUGAUUAAAGAAAUUCAAAAUGCUUCUCACUCGGUUGUUAUGAUCACUGGCGACAAUCCAUUGACAGCUUGUCACGUUGGUCGGGAACUUCAUUUCACGAAGAAGUCUGUCAUGUUGAUUUUGACAGAAUACGAUAAGAAGUGGAUAUGGGAAAGUGUAGAUCAAACUGUGAAGCUAGAACUUGGCGGUGAAAAUUCUAAAGUGAAGGGCAAAGAAAUAUGGCAAGAAUACGGUCUUUGUUUAACAGGAGAGGGUUUAACUUAUCUCACAGAGAAUAAUAGGGAGCUUCUAUUGAAUUUGUUACCACAUGUAGUAAUAUUUGCAAGAUGUGCACCGAAGCAAAAGGAAUUCAUUAUAGUUACACUACAAAAUUUGGGUUACGUAACACUUAUGUGUGGAGAUGGUACUAAUGAUGUGGGAGCAUUGAAACAUGCCCAAGUGGGCGUUGCAAUUCUAUCAAGUCCUCCUGAACGUGCAGUAGCAGAAAAACGUGAACCUGCAGCAGCCUCUAGUCAUGCAUCAACAAGUUCAUCAAUUAGUAACGGACCAAGGAUGAGUGCCCGACAGCAACAUAUUAAUAACACGCAGGCUAAAAUUCAAAAAUUACUAAAAGAGUUGGAAGAGCAAGAUCAAUCCGUGAUUGUGAAGUUAGGAGAUGCAUCAAUAGCCGCACCAUUUACUAGCAAACUAUCAUCGAUUCAAUGCAUAUGCCAUAUUAUUAAACAGGGUCGGUGCACUUUAGUUACUACCUUGCAGAUGUUAAAAAUCUUAGCACUAAAUGCACUUGUAUUGGCCUAUAGUCAAUCUGUUCUUUAUUUGGAUGGAAUCAGAUUUAGCGAUGCUCAAGCAACACUACAGGGUCUUCUAUUAGCUGCUUGCUUUCUGUUUAUAUCAAGAUCUAAACCACUGAAAACACUUUCUAAACAGAGGCCACUGCCGAAUAUCUUCAAUUUGUAUACAAUCCUGACAGUACUUUUACAAUUCGCAGUGCACUUUGUGUGCCUUAUAUAUCUAGUACGUGAAGCUGUAAUGCUAUCGCCAGGAGAUGACAAGCUCUCCUCCCUUCUGGCACCAACUAAUUCCACAGAGGAUGUUUCUAAAUCCAGCUCAGAGGAUACCGAUGAGGAAGAACCAUUUGAAGCGAAUAUAAUUAACAGCACAGUCUAUAUAAUUUCAAUGGCAUUGCAAGUUUCUACCUUCACCAUCAAUUACAGGGGUCAACCAUACAUGGAGAGUUUAUGGGAAAACAAGGCUUUAUUAUAUAGUCUUCUUGGAACUUCAGCCACCAUUUUUGCACUAGCAUGUGGACUCCUACCAGAUGUAGCUUUUCAAUUUGAGAUAGUCGACUUCCCAAGUGAUUUCCGCAGAACCCUGGUGCUCGUGUUGAUCGCCGAUUUCGUGUUUGCCUUUGUCCUAGACAGGAUGUGUCGAUUUUUAUUAGGCGAUGGAAAGCACAGAAAGCUAUGAUUACACAUCGACUAAGUAAUACAUCAGAUUUUAGUGUAAUGAACAAGUGUACCUAUAUUUUCGUUAUCUGUAUAUGUCGACAGCCUUUUUCUGCAUAGAUAUGACUUUCUAAUACAGAUUUAUUAUUACCCAGUCGAUCUGGACAGAUCGCCGUAUAAUAUUCUGCAAAUAGUCAAACUUUACGUGUUGCAAGUCGGAAAGAAGAUUUCGAAGAUCUUGAAAUAAAUGAAUAAUAUCAAAUUUUCUGAAACGCAGAAAUCGAUAUGCUUGAUCUCGUGAUUUAUUAUUGUCUUUUUCUUUCUAUAUUGUUCAUUAACGUUAAAUCAAAGAAUUGAUUCAAUAAUUGUUAAUAUAAUUAUACGUAUAUAAAGUGAACUGCAGAUUGUAGGUGGUGGUCGAUAAGUAUUUCUACGAUUGUUAGAGAUUGGCUAUCUAAUAUACUUCGAUUUUUGGAUUUAUUAAUUUUUAAUCUGACAGGAUAUAUAUACAUACACACAAACUGAUUCUUACUUCUUACCUUAGAGUUUAUGUAAGACAUAAAGUGUUGUGAGAAAGGAACUCGAUAUUUUUGUUUCUUCGUAUACGUUAAUUGGAUGAGUUUUCAACGUUACGAUCAGUGAAUUGGUGUCCUGAUUUUGACGUCGGAUCAAUCAUUCAUUAGGAACGCAGAACGGGGCUGCACUAUAAUAGGUCGAGUCAUUGUUACCGUGUAACAUAAUAUUUAUGUAAUAAGAGUCAUCUCGGACUCCCAUCGAGAAAGAGAAGUCCUUGCCUUCAUCCGACAGCCUUACGUUUAAAAUUUUGCAACAUAAACGUGAAACGUCAUUACGAGUUUUUCGUGCACAAGCUCACUUAAAGAAAAGGAAAUUCAUACAUUCCACUUGUCUUGGGUGUCUUUCUCGAAGGAGUUUAUCUAAGGCAAUCGAUGGCAAUGUUCUUAUAUUAUUUUCUUUGUUCUUCUCUUUCCUACAAAUAAGGAGUACAAAUUCUACUUUUUAUCAAUUGUAAAACUUCGUUUAUUCGCGUAGAUGAUAAAUUAAACUGUCAUUACGUCACGAGCGCUAAUCCAAUUCACAAUAGAUGCUUCUAUGCAAAUCAAUGAAAAUCAAUCAGUCCUUGUCUUUUUCUUAUGUCAUUUUUCUUCUCAAGGGAUAUGGGACAACGACAAUUCAGUGUCAACAGUCACUCCUUCCCAUUUCAUGAGAUUGAUUAAUUGUUUUUCAUAGACGUCGAUCGACGUCACGUUGGUUAUUUAAUCGUUCCUGAUCAUUAGCUGUUAGGAUAAUCCAUGUACAGUUCGCACGUUCAAAUUAAUCGUUCAUAAAGACUACCGAGAAAAGUGAAUAUUUAGAUUAUCUAGAAUGUUAAAAAAACCUGUUCCAUGGAAUAAUCCGUGCUGAUAUUCACGAGCGUUCAUAAUUAGACAUUUCCCUUAUUGUACGACUGUAGAAUUUAUACCCUUAUAACGUUUACUACACGUAUAAUAUAUAUAUUUCUUUUAAAUAAUAAUAAUACUGAUCAUAACAAUAAUAAUGGUAAGACAUAUAUACCAUUGUACCAUAUGCGUUUACGAUUGCCAAUAAUUACAAAUAAACAUCAUUCCUUGACUAUACUCAUAGCGGAUGAAACAAAUGAUA